GGCUGCAGCAUCAACCCUCUCCGGCCGCCGCCCUGGUUCUCGGGCUCGCCGGCCGGGGAGCGGCCGCAGGAGCUCUGGCGACAGACGGUGCGGGAGCAGCUGCGGAAGCGGAACGAACAGCUGCAGCCCUUCAGAGUGUAUGACGAGGCCGUCGAGAGGAGCUCGUGGGUGCAGACGGCCAAGUGUCGCUGGUGGUCGGAGGCGCCGGCGCGCGGCUGGCAGGCGGCCGUGCUGGAGCUGGAGCAGUCCGGCACGGCCGGCGCCGAGGUCGAGUCCGGCCAGCUCAGCGUCUACAGCAGCGGCGCCAAGGCGGCCAGCGUCUGCCUGUCGGAGGUGUCGGCGGUGCUGGACAGUUCCGAGUCGCGCCACCAGGCGUCGCUGGUGGUGCACACGCCGGACAGACUACAGCAGCGACAGGCGAUGAAGCUCAGCUUCGCGGAGGAGUCUGAGGUCGAGGACUGGAUCGAUACCAUUCAGACAGCCUGUGUGCGUCUGCGGCGGAUAGAUGGCGCCCCAAGCGCCGCCGCGCUCUGGGCCACCUCGGGCCGGGGCGACGUGCUGGUCAGUGACCAGCAGCUGACCUCCGUGGAGCAGGAGCUGGCUACCGAGACGCGCGCGGCGCUGGCGGGCCAUCAGCUGCUUGUCGACUCGGGCGGCUGCGCGCUGCCGCUGCUGCGCAAGCUGGAGCGUGGCUUCACGGACGGCUGCAGUCUCGUCAUCCAGUACAGCCUGCCGGCCGGCUCCGGCGGCUUCUUCGUGAACCUGAUGACGGGCAAGCACGUUAGCGGCGCCCAGGGCACGGACGUCGCACUCCACUUCAACCCGCGCAUCCAGCAGAACGCGGUCGUGCGCAACUCGUUACUGAAGCAGGUCUGGGGCCGGGAGGAGCGCGCCGGCGAGCAGCCGUUCCGGCCCGGCUCCCACGGAGAGCUGCACAUCAUCUGCCAGCGCGACCACUUCAAGGUGCUGGCGCCCGGCCUCUGCACGCUGUACCGGCAUCGCACGGAUUGUCGACGCGUGGCGUACCUGGCCGUGCAGGGCGACAUCACGGUCACCCAGGUCUCCUACGACGCCAGCGCGGCCGCCGGCGCGCCGGCCGAGCUGUUCUGGCGCCAGCUGGGCGGCCACCUGCGACGGAUCGAGACGAGCCCGGCCGGCGUUGUCUGGGCCAUCGGCUGCGACCUCACGCCCUGGGUGUACACCGCUGCCACCGGCGGCUCGCAGCUGACCGAACACGGGGGAAGCGGCCUGCUGAACACCAUGACAGAUACCCGCUACUUCUACAUUUACGAGAACCAGCGGUGGAACCCGAUCUCGGGCUUCUCCUACCACGGUCUGGCCACCGACCGGCCGACCUGGAGCGACAGGAGCGGCCAGCUGGCGCUCACCAAGGACACCGUGCUGCCGCCGUCGCGACACUGGACCUGGGUUUCCACGUGGUCGGUGGACUUCCACGCGCCGGGAGGUGUGGACGAGGAGGGCUGGCAGUACGCCAUGGACUUCCCGGCGUCCUACCACGGCCACCGCGGUCUGCAGGACUUUGUCCGCCGGCGGCGCUGGUACCGCAAGUGUCAGCUCAGCACCUGCGGCCCCUGGGAGAAGGUGGAGAACGUCAGGCUGCGCGACCUCUCGCUGCAGGAGCUGUUCGGCGAGGUGCAUCUGUGGGCGGUGACGUCAGCAGGUGACGUCAUGCACCGGGUGGAAGCGCGGCCGGACGGCACCGGCGGCGGCGGCUGCUGGCGCACCGUCAGCACGGACCAGCCGUUCGCGGCCGUCAGCUGCGGCGGCCACGGCCGCGUCUGGGCCGUCGCGCACGACGGCACCGCUCGGCUGCGGUACGGCGUCUCCGCCGACCUGCCGCUCGGCACCGGCUGGGCGCACGUGGAGGCACCCGAGGGGCGCAGACUGCGCCAGAUCUCGGCCGGCGACUCGGCCGUCUGGGCUGUGGACGAGAACAACAGCCUGUACUGGCGUCAAGAGAUCCUGCCCAUCUUCCCCGAAGGCGUGGCCUGGCGGCACGUGGCUGACCACGUGGCCCACGUGUCAUGCGGCGCCGCGGACGAGACAUGGGCGGUGUCGGAGCGGCACGGCGGCGCGCUGCUGCGGCGCCUGGGCGUCUGCCCGGAGAGUACGCUCGGCUCUGCAUGGCAGACGGGAGUAUCGGGCUGCUGGUCCCACGUGAGCUGUCGCGGUCUGCGGCCUGCGCCCUGAGCCGCCGCCAGCAGCGCGGCACCGUCGCCGCCCACGGCCG